AUGGCUGCCGGCGCUCUUCACGCAAGCUAUGGUUUAACUGCAGGGAGAAAAAUGGAUUGUCCUCCUCUUCAUACGUGCGAAAUUCAGAAGCCACGUGCCAUUCUCAGUAGGGUUCAUAUGUUUUUUCAUGCGGUGGCCAUAUCAGCCCUACUUUAUUACAGAAUCUCGAAUCUCUUGCAUGGCAGUGUGCCUUUUGUUUCGUGGACGUUUAUUACGAUUUCUGAAAUGAUUUUCACCUUCAUUUGGGUGUUAACGCAAGCUUUCCGGUGGCGUCCGGUGGUCCGGACGGUGGUGCCGGAUAAUCUUCCGAGGGAUGAUAAGUUACCCGGGGUGGAUGUGUUUGUAUGCACGGCGGAUCCUACAAAGGAGCCAGUGGUGGAGGUGAUGAACACGGUUUUGUCGGCUAUGGCGCUGGAUUAUCCGGCAGAGAAACUAGCAGUUUAUCUUUCGGAUGAUGGUGGCGCCGCCGUGACACUGUAUGCUAUCAAGGAGGCGUGUGAAUUUGCUAGGUCAUGGAUUCCAUUUUGUAGGAAAUAUGAAAUCAAGACUAGAUGUCCAGAGGCAUAUUUUUCAUGGUUGGGGGAUGCUGAAAGGCUUCUUUGGAGUCGAGAAUUCAAUGCUGAGGAACAAAGUAUAAAGUCAAAAUAUGAAUCCUUCAAGAGAAAUGUGGAAAAAGCCGCCGAGGUCGAGGCCUCCGUCAGGUCCGAUCGACCCUCAUACGUCGAGGUGAUCUAUGAUUCUAAGAUCGAUGAAGGACUAGAGGAUAAAUCAAAGAUGCCACUUCUUGUUUAUGUAUCACGAGAGAGAAGACCUUCAUACCCUCAUCGCUUCAAAGCAGGAGCCCUCAAUUCUCUUCUUCGAGUUUCUGGGAUAAUGAGCAAUGCGCCCUACGUACUAAUAUUAGAUUGUGACAUGUAUUGCAAUGAUCCUUCCUCUGCAAAACAAGCAAUGUGCUUCCAUCUUGAUCCCAAGAUAUCAAGCUCUCUCUCUUAUAUACAGUAUCCUCAAAUAUUCUACAAUGUCAGCAAGAAUGAUAUUUAUGAUGGCCAAGCAAGAUCCGCUUACAAGACUAAGUACCAAGGCAUGGAUGGGAUAAAUGGCACUGUUUGCGCGGGUACCGGCUAUUUUUUGAAGAAGAAGGCCUUGUAUGGUCGGCCCAAUAAUGAAGAUGAUUAUCUUCAUGAUCCAGAAAAGAAUUUUGGCCUCUCUAGCAAAUUUAUUACUUCACUAAAAGCACUAAAAGAAGAGAAAGUUAUCAAGGGAAAGGAAAAUUUAUCAGAUGCAACUUUAGAAGAGGCGAAGAAUCUUGCCUCCUGCACUUUCGAAGAAAACACGAAAUGGGGGAAAGAAAUUGGUUAUUCUUAUGAAUGUUUGCUGGAGAGCACAUUCACUGGUUAUCUUUUGCACUGUAAAGGAUGGAAAUCGGUUUAUCUUUAUCCGAAAAGGCCAUGUUUUCUUGGUUGCACAACCAUUGACAUGAAGGAUGCCUUGGUUCAACUAAUGAAAUGGGCUUCUGGAUUGGUUCAAGUAGGCUUUUCAAAAUUCAGCCCUCUCACUUAUGGGGUGUCUAGAAUGUCUCUUCUCCAAAGUAUGUGCUAUGGAUACUUUGCAUUUUCGCACCUUUUCUCCAUUGCCUGCCUGUUAUAUGGCGUCGUUCCUCAGCUAUGCUUCCUAUUUGGAAUUCCCCUAUUUCCUAAGGUCACAGACCUCUGGUUUGCUGCAUUUGCAACUGUGUUUGUAUCAUCCCUUCUUCAACAUUUAUCUGAAGUCCUUUCCAGUGGUGGCUCAGUUCGGACAUGGUGGAAUGAACAAAGAAUCUGGAUGAUAAAAUCAGUAACUGCUUGCUUAUUUGGAUGCCUCGACGUUCUCAUGAAGUGGAUAGGCGUAGCUAAAGCUAGUUUCCGUCUGACGAACAAAGCCGUCGACCAAGAAAAACUCGAAAAGUACGAGAAAGGAAAAUUUGACUUCCAAGGUGCAAAAAUGUUCAUGUUACCAUUAUCACUGCUAGUUCUAUUGAAUUUGGGGUGCUUUAUUGGUGGAGUGAAAGGGCUUAUUAGUGGAAGAAAUACUGAAGAAAUGUUUGGACAAGGUGCUCUUUCCCUUUAUAUUCUUGUUCUAAGUGUUCCAAUUUUUGAAGGACUGAUACCAAAAAUGGGCAAAUGA